UAUCCUUGUUGUCUUUUAAGUGCUUCACACUCCAACAUAAAAUUACGUCGACUGUGAGACCCUCAAUAAAUAUCGGGUUGGUCGAAAUUGUUGUCAGUUAAGGAAAUUGUUAAGGAAAUUCACAGAAUUUCUUUUUCGCCAGUUCGUUUGGGCGGUCAAAGCAUUUGGGCCUUCGGAUUUACCACGUAGGGAUCCUUGCUGCCUUUUUGCGCAGCUAUUCUCUGUCUUUUUUUUGAAUAAAUGACACACGCACAUAUAGAAGCCCUUUGAAGGUUGUGUUUGUAAAAUCAAGCAAGGCGUAUGGCGGAUCUUGAGAAUUUGCUGCUAGAGGCAGCUGGUCGAACUAAUGCCCAUGAUGGAAAGCAUAGGAAUCGAGCUCCAGCAAAGAGGAAGCAAUCCGAUUCCUUUUCAGAUGACGGUAGUGACUCUAAUUCUGAGAAUGGAGAUGAUUCUGAUGAUGCUGGAACAACAAAUAGAAAGGCAUCUGGGUUAAGGAUGCCUUUAAAGAAGAGAUUUGAUUCUGGUGAAAAAGACAAUGACGAUGGGGGACAGAGAGAUGAUUCGGACAGUGAUGGAUUAUCGUUUGGGAGUGAUUUGUACAAAGAUGACGAAGAUAGAGAGCGGCUUCGAAAGAUGUCUGAACUAGACCGGGAGAUGAUUUUGGCAGAGAGAGCAGAGGCGAGGGAUAAUUUUUUGAUGCGGAAGAGGGCUGAAGCUCGGCAAAAUGAAACUCGGAAUCAGAGGGGAAAAGAUGUAGGGCCACCAUCUUCACGUAUGCGCUCUUCUGUGAAAUCUACCAGGUCAGUGAAAGAAAAUGCGUUAAAUGAAUUAGUUGCAAGGAGACAGAAGGCACAGGAUUCAGAUGUGCAACGAAAGCGAAGGGACACUGCUGGGUCAUCUAGAGGACGGGAUUCUUCACCUGGCAAGCGAAAGUCUCAUGCUAGCCCUAGUGUUAGUCCAUCAUCCUCUAGCAACAGGGAUCAGAGCCCAAGCAGUCGCGGAGAUUCAGAUGACAGUGACGCAGAAGGCACAAAUACUAAUAUUCCUUCAUUUGAAGAUAUUAAGAGUAUAACAAUCCGGAGAUCACAGCUUGCCAAGUGGUUCAUGGAGCCAUUCUUCGAAAAGAUCAUUGUGGGUUGUUUCGUGAGAAUUGGGAUUGGUAUAUCAAGGUCAGGACAACGUAUUUACCGUCUUUGCAUGGUCAGAAAUGUGGAUGCAACUGAUGCUGACAAGCAAUACAAAUUUGAGAAUCGAAUUACCCACAAGUACUUGGAUUGUGUUUGGGGCAGUGAUGAUAGUGCAGCUAGAUGGCAAAUGGAAAGGGUGUCUGAUUCGCCCCCUCUUGAGAAAGAGUUUAAGGAAUGGGAACGGGAAGUAGAGCGCACCGAGGGCCGAACUUUAGGUAAAGCUGAUGUGGAAGAGAAAAAAAAUGCACUGAAUGAUAUUAAUAAUUUUGUCUACUCAGCAGAAACUGUAAAGCAGAUGCUACAGGAGAAGAAGAUGGCUUCUGCAAGGCCAUCAAAUCUGGCUGCUGAGAAGGAUAGGCUGAGGAAGGAGAUGGAGCUUGCAGAGAGCAAACAUGAUUAUUCAGAAGUAGACAGGAUCAAGACAAGGUUGAAAGAAUUAGAAGUACUUUCAAUUCAGAGAAAAAGCAAGGAUGCAAAAGCCAUAAUGCUUGCUGAGAUGAAUAAGAAAAACAGAUUCGAAAAUUUUAAGAAUGCUUCAAUGAUCAAGCCUGCUAAUUUUAAUCUUAAAGCAGGUGAGGCUGGGUAUGAUCCUUUCUCUCGUCGCUGGACUAGAUCACAAAAUUAUUACAAUGCAAAGAGUGGUGCUACUGAAGUAAAUACGGAAUCAAACAAAGAGACAGAUGCAACUCAGGCAGGGGAAGCAGCGACGGCUAAGGCAUUGGAAGCUGCUGCAGAUGCUGGAAAGCUUGUAGAUACGGAAGCUCCUGUAGCUGAAGGUACAAAGUUAUUCAGUUUGCAUGAUUUUGAGCUUACCAUAUCACUAAAUGGACUGCAGAAGUUUGGGGGUGCUCAGGGUGCCCACUUGGCUUUUAUGGCUAGAAAGCAAAGGAUUGAGGCCACCUGUGGAGUCCAGGUUCCAAGCAGCGAUGGAAGGAGGCACACCUUAACUUUAUCUGUGACUGAUUACAAGCGCAGGAGGGGCUUGCUCUGAAAAAAAAAAGAAAGAACAACAAUUCGUUCUUUCAUUGCUUCACUUUUUUAAUUUUGAAAUGGAGCAUCGCACUAUAGGCUUUCUAUGCCCUGAUUGGUUUGCAUGCAUGCACUCAACGAGCUCAAGUUUACUAUAGCAUUAUUGUCAAAUGAUUAUAUGAUUUGUCUGCUGGUUGGAUACGUUUGCAAGUUAGUAACUGUUGAAAAAAUAAAUUUGUUUAAGGGACCAUUCUCAUUGGAGAUAAGUGCCUUUGGGAAUCUUGUUAACAAUUAUUCUUAUAUUUAACUUCCAUUUGACAAGUU